AUGGCGUCUGCUAACGGCUCGUCCUAUUGGCUGAUCGACUGCAUGUCGUCUGACAGUGGCCUGUACACCCCCCCGUCCAUCCUCAGCCUCUGGCUCCUCCUCAUGGUCCCUCUCUGGAUCCUCGUCCUCUCCACGACUCUCCAAAGAUGGCGGCGUGUGGAGCGUUUUGUCGUCAGCCACAGUGACUUCUUCACGUACCACUCGCUGUUCUUCGACCUGCUCAACUGCUCCUACCACAUCCUCAUCUCUAUCGCCAACUUUCAACAUGAUGCAAAUAUAUUUUUGAUUGCCGUGGUCCUGUCCUUUUUCUUAUGUCCAGGACUUCUGCUGCUGCACACGUUCACCUGCAUCGAGCGCUACAUCGCCGUGGUCUUUCCCGUUCUGUAUCUGACUUUAAGACAGCGCCGCGGCAUCUGGGUCCGAAACUGCAUCGUUUUGGGAAUCUGGGGAGUCUGCUGGUUGUAUCUCGGCUUAUUUUUUGUCAUACCAGUUACAGACCAUACAAUCCCGUUGUGGAUUCUAGUGUCCUUUGUCACUAUUGUCAUUAGCUUUUGCUGCGUCCAAGUCUUGUUUGCUUUAAGAAACCCGAGUCCAGGAGACGGUCAGGGCCUCAGCCGGUCCAGACAGAGGGCCUUCUUCACCAUGGUCAUCAUCGUGUCCUCUCUCUGGCUCUGGCUGAUGUCGGGAAUAAUCCCCACUAGCAUUGUGUUGCCUCUGCUUUUCCUGCAUCGAGCUGGAAAACUGCCCAAAUGUUUCCAAAGACAAUAA